GCUACACGCAACAUGGCCACCUUAACAAACACACUGAUAGAUUUUCACCACUCUUAUAAAAGAACGACGAAGAUAGCGCUCGAUUGGCUCUCAACUCAAACCUGCUCCGUCGGGAACUGGGAAUCGAAGGGAACUUUUGGGAGUACAAGAGAAAUAAUUGACUGCGUAAAACGCCUACCCGAUAGAUACGAGGUACCUAUAUUCGUGAUAACUGCGUUGCGCGAGGCGAUCGAGGCCCGUCGCAGAGUCCAUCAGAUGUAUAAGGAGCUUCAUGCAAGUGCUUCGGAUGCAUUUGCGCAAGACAGCGACGACGCUCAUGAAGCCUUUAUCGCCAGGCUCGAGGAGACACUCUAUAUUCUCCAGUCGAAUAGCAAAUACAAUCCUGCUAUUUCGCAAAAAGCGUCAGAAAAUAACCAAAACUGUAACCGUUUCGCUUCUCUUGGCUCAAGAACGGCCAAUUAUGAGAAUGCGAUGGAAGUAGAAGACACAGCUUCGACUGCCAAAAUAGAUGAAAAUCGUCCCGCAAAAACUGAAACAGUGGUCCCCGACGAUCGCCUUGCUCUUGAGGAUGACGAUCUGGGGGAGUGGAUUGAACUUAGUUAUUUCAUAUACUCACUAGAUGCAAUUCUCGACCAAACCAAGAAAUACUGGACGGAGGGGGCGAACGGGAUUCUUCCUAUUUGCCUGGCUGCAUGGCUGUCAUCUGCCGCAUUCCAUGAGGUGGGGAGGAGGUACAAGAAAUGUGAUUAUGACACAUUGCUUUCGGAAUGGACGAGACAUCGGAUGAAACGGAUCGAGAUUCGAUUCAACGAUAUUCCGGGAUUGCAGUCGGAGACACGGCGGUUCACAGAUCUCAAAGGAUUAUCUUUCCACAGAAGCCUGCUUCAACACUACAGGACUCUGCAGGAAAACGCCAGAGUUGUGCCAGAGGCUGGGAGAUAUGAGGACUUCAGCAAGAUUAUUGCUCCUUUCUCGAAAGAUAAUAAGGAAUCUGCUUUCCACGAUCAUUUGGCCAUAUAUCUAAUGUUAGAGCACAUACGACAACUCCUCGCUUCAAAACGUGCAAUCGCCGCUAUUGAGACACCGGGAGCUCCGCAAGCCGUCUGUGAGCCACUUCUCCCUUUCAUCGACCAGGUAUUUUCCGACAAAGAGCUACCUAUAUAUGUUCAGUUGGUAUUUGGAAUGGAAAUGCUGCUCGCUUCAUACAAGGGAUAUACGUGGCCCGAUGGCGUGUUAAACAGACAAAACUGCCGUAUCUUAGUGCUUCAGUUCGCGCUCGAGGUCCAGAAGUCUUUUUCCGAGACCAUAAGGUGCAUUCAGAGGAGAAGGGAAUCUGCGUCAGCGUUCAAUCUGUCGGACUUGCAGAGUGUCCUUGAUGGCUUGGAAGGCUAUACUAGAGAAAACCGUUUUGACCUCUACUCUCAAGCCCCUUGGACUGCCGGAUGCCAUAUUGUCGAAAUUCUCAGCGUCGCGAUGUUCGAAGGUCUACAUCUGUGCUGCGAUACAGGAUACUUAUGCGCGCUGCUUCAUCUCUACAAUGCCCUGCGGAAGAUAGACUCUAAUUUUCGACAAAUUAAGCUGCUAGACCAACUCUGCGAGAUCUUCCUAGAUAAGCUCUUCCUCGGAGUUUUCCCUACCGAGAACUUCAGUUCUCAUUUCCGGCGAGCCAUGGGCGGUCCACUUAAUUGGGAGGCGAACGUCAAAAGAAGCAACCAGAUGGAGCUUUCCAAACCUAUUCCGGGAAUUUCGAUGCGCAAAACUGGAUCGACGCGGCUGUCAGAAUUUUAUGACUUGCACAUUUUUGGCUACGAACCGUCAGCCGAUUUCUGGCAUUUUACCUUUGAAGCCAAACCUCGAUGGCAACCCACCACCAGACGUGAACAAAACGAGGCACUAAAGCGCGCUUAUAGCUCACCUCUUACUGUCUCCUUGGAAAAGGUCAAGGAGAAUGUUGUGCAAGAGUUCAACGGACCUUUACCUGUUGCUCGCAUCAACUAUCUAGCGGUCUUCGUCUUUAGUGCAAAUUCGAUGGAGGAGCUCUGUAAGUCCUUUAGCGCCAUUGAGGAGCAAAAGGUCCAGCCAGACAGGGACCUAGGUUUCACGGUAGUCGACUCUCUACUAGUCCAGAUUGUUGACCACCAGCGAGAUAAUAAACUGAGACUGCUCCUGCCAUACUGGAAGCCUGUGAAUAACGCCAAACUCUUCUUCAAUGGGCUUGAUGGCAAGCAAUCUCUGGAGCAAUUUCUCUGGAAGAGUGCAAUAUAGAGAGACGUCUGUCCACUACCUAAGAUACAGUGAGGGCCAUGUCCAUAUUUUAAUACAUAAAGUCUUUCUACACAGGGUUAUUCCUGGCUUAUUGAGGCUGAAACGAGUCCGGGACCCGAAUCGCAACACUCCCGGCUUCCUACUGUAAACCCUGCAAAAUCAUUAAGCAAUGGAUCUUGGUGAAAUUAGGAGUGAAAGAUGAUCUCCAAAUUUA